AUGAGAGGCGCACGAGGGGGGGGAGGAUUGGGCUGGGUGGCGGGGCAGGAGGGGCGGAGCGGGGGGGGUUGGGGGGGGGGAGGGAGGGUGGGGGGGAGGGGGGGGGGUGAGGGGUCGGGGGGGAGCGCUGGGGGGGGGUGCGGGGGGCAGGGAGGGGCGGGGGGGCGGUCUGAGGGGGGGGGGGGGGGGCAGGGGGGGUGGGGGGUGACAGGGGGGGGUGGGGGGGGGGGGGGGUGGGGGAGUACGGGGUGGGGGUGGGGGGUGGGGAGGGGGACGGAGGGGUUUGGGGGAGGGGGCGGGGGGCUAAGGCGGGAGGGGGGGGGGGGGGACCACCCAACCCCACGGGGGUUGAUUGAGGGGGGUAGGGGGGGGGGGGUGGGGAGGGGAGGGAGGAGGGCGCUCGGUGGGAGGGGGGGGGGCGGGGGGGGGAGGCGGGGGCGGGGCAGCAAGCGCGGGCAGGGGGGCCGCUCGCCUAAGGGGGCGCCCGCCUGGGGGCGUGUGUGGUGGGCCACCCGGGGAGGAGCGCGGGGGGUCUGGGGGAGGCGUGUUGGGGGGGCAUUGCGGGGGGGGGGCUCGUCGGGGGAUCUGGGGGGGCGGUGGGGCGGGCAGGGGUGCGGAAGGGGAAGCGGGGGGGAGGGCGGGGGGGAGGGGGAAGUGGGCGUGGGAGUAUGGGGGAUAUGGGGGAAGGGAGGGGGGUGUCGGGGGGGGGCAAUAGGGGCGGGGGGGGGGGGGAGAGGGGUAGGGGGAGGGAGGCGGUGCGGGGAGAAUGGGGGGGGCUGGGUGGUUGUCAGCCUGAAGGGUGGUGGGGGACAGGGCGGAGGGGGGGGGGGGAGGAAGAGGGGGGGGGGGGGGGCGGGGUGGGGAGUGACGGGGGGGGGAUCGGGGGAGGGGAGGGGUCGCGAGGGUGGAGGGAUCGGGGGAGUGGACGGGGAUAGGCCUGGGGGGUGGGAGGUUGGGGGCGGGCUCGGGGAGGUGGGAGCUGGGGGUGGGGGAUUAGAGAGGGGGGAGAAGCAGCCGCGGCGGGGGGGGGUGGGCGUGGGAAGGGGGAGGGGGUGGGGGGGAGGGUGGGGGGGGGCCGGGGUGGGGGACCGGGGAGACGGGGUGCGGGCGGGGGAGGGCGUCGCAGGGGCGCAGGGGGGCGUGGUAGGGAUGGUGUCCCCCCCAAACCGGCGGGGGGAAUGGGUGGGUGAGGGUGGGAGGGGCGGGGCAGGGGGGAUACGUCCGUUGGGGGGGGGAGGAGUGGGGGGGGGAGCUAGGGCGGGGGUGGGGGGGGGGGGGGGGGGCAGGGGGGUGGGGGUGGGAGGGGAGACCGGGUGGAAGUGGAGUGGGGAGUCAGGUAGAGGGAGGGUCGGUGGAGGGGGGGGGGGUGGUUGA